AUGGGAACAACUGAAUUUCGGCAUCUUAAUGAGUUGAAGGAAGAAGCUUGCUUGAAGUUGUUUGUAAAGAUUGUAUCUCGCAAUAAAGAAUUUGUUGUAGAUUCGGACUUGGAAAGAAUUGGCAAAGAAAUUGUUAAGAAAUGCAAAGGCCUGCCAUUAGCUGUUAAAGCACUUGCAAGCCUCUUGCGCUUUACAGAUGUUAGGCAGUGGGAGAGAAUAGCAAAAAGCCAUAUAUUGGAUUUGCCAAUAGGAGGAGAAAAUAUUCUUCCAGCUUUGAGAUUGAGUUAUCAUUAUCUCCCAUCAUACUUGAAGCAAUGUUUUGUUUAUUGUUCCAUGUUUCCCAAAGACUAUGAAUUUACCAAGGAUGAGCUGGUCUCGCUGUGGAUGGUAGACAAUUUAUUGGAACAUUCAAGUGGAAAUAGGACAAGAAAAGAAGUGGGAUAUGAUUAUUUCGAUGAUUUGGUGUCACGAUCAUUUUUUCAACCUUUUACAAGUGCUUAUAAAAGAGAUUGUUUCGUGAUGCAUGACCUUAUGGUUGACUUGGCUAAUUCUGUUUCUAGAAAGAAGUUUAUUCACAUAGAGGGAAACAAGUCAUGCGAAAUUGAAUUGUUAAGGAAAACAAGACACAUUGCAGUAACCAUGAAGGCUAAUGAUUUCCAUGAGAUAUUCAAGUCAAUUUCUAAAGCAAUUUGUUUGCGUACAUUUUUUACUCUUGGCACAUACUUCAACGCUUCGAACGAAUUAGUGCAAUUUUUGUUGGAAGAUUUGUUGAAGUUGAAGUGUUUGAGAUUUUUAUCUCUGAAUGGUUAUGAGGAAGUCAAUGAAUUGCCUAAGUCAAUAGGUGAAUUAAGGCACCUCCGCUACCUGGAUCUCUCUGGCACUUCAAUCAAAGAGUUGCCCAAAUCUUUCUGUGUGUUGUACAAUUUACAGACAUUAAAGAUACAGGAGUGUCAAGAUCUCACUAAAUUUCCUAAAAACUUCCUUCAUCUCAUUAAUUUGAGAUAUCUCGACAUGGGUUGUCCUCAACUUUGUGAGUUGCCACCACUUGGGCAAUUACCAGCCCUCGAGACUCUUUGUAUUGAACACUGUGAUGCAAUAGAGACAGUGGGUCUUGAGUUUUAUGGGACUACUUGUACACCAUUUCCAUCAUUGGAAACCUUGAAAUUUGAAGAAAUGUCCAACUGGAAAGAAUGGUCAAUGCCAAAAGCAAAUGUUGAAGCCUUCCCAAAGCUAAAAUCACUUACCAUAUGCGUUUGUCAAAGCCUCACAGGAGAUUUGCCUGGUCUCUUACCGUCUUUGACAGAGCUUGAUAUUUUUGAAUGUCCAGAGCUUGGUUCUUCGCUCCCAAUGAUGCCAAAUGUCAGUACAGUAAUAAUCAACCAGUGCGAGAAGCUUGGAGGAUUCAAAUCAUGCACUGGUGCUCAAAAUUUUGAUCAAAGGUGUGUUCCUGCCAACUUGAGAAACCUAUACCUCAGGGAUUGUGGCAAUAUAGAAUUUUUACCGCCCUACAAAUACGAAUUCCUCCAAGAUCUUUCAGUUGAGUAUUUUUUCAGCUCCUUCGAAUUGCUUCACAUAGAUUUCUUUCCCAACAUCAGGAAUGUCGAAAUUCGUAAUUGUGCGAGUGUUGAGUCUUUCUGGCAAUUUAAUAGCCGCAUAAACUCUCUUUCUGCUCUCUCUGUCCAAGAAUGCCCUAAUUUCACAUUAUUACCUGAUAGCAACCUCCUUUGCCCAAUUCUGACUAAACUGGAGCUCUCACAGUGCAGCAAAUUAAGGUUUCUCCCAGAGAAACUGCCUAGUCUCUUACCUUCUCUGCAGAAACUAAUUAUCCGUGGGUGUCCAGACUUAGAAUCACUUCCUAGAUUUGGGUUGCCUCUCAGUUUGCAGAAGCUCACCAUUUACCGCUGCAAAAAGGUGAUAGCGUCUCGAAAGAAUUGGCAUUUGCAAGCACUUCCCAAUCUGAUAAUGUUUGAUUUUGGAGGUUAUGAAGGUGAAGAUAUGGUGUCCUUUCUAGAGCAAGGAUUUCUGCCGACAAGUCUUACCUCCCUUAAAAUUACCGAGGUUGCUUGCCUUAAAUCCUUAGACGACAAGGCGUUUCAAGAGCUCACAUCCUUGAAAGAACUAUACAUCUUUGGCUGCCUCAACUUGGAGACACUUCCAGUAAAAGGGUCGCCACCCUCUUUUGAAGGUUCACUGUCACCCUCUUUCGAAAGUUUCUUCAUGUCUCAUUGCCCUUUGCUGGAUGCCAAGUAUGAAUGGAAGAAAAACAACUCCUACCCCUCCUAUUAUAAAAAGAUUUCUUGCAUCCCUCAGCUUCAAGUUACCAUCAAAAGCCAGCCUCAAGUGCCUGUCAGUCUGCAGAAGCAAUCCUUUAGCUGGUUUGGGCCCAAAGCACUAUUCUUUCACAUCGCCCUAAUUAUCUUAUCUAUAUAUUUGUAUAUGCACUUCAAUUUGUAACAGCCGCAUGAUUGAAGAGAAAGAGUAGCCAGCCUUAGUGUAUUCCAUUUAUAUAUGCACCUCUUUGUGCUACUGAAUCAGCAUUUUUCACUUUUUAUUAUAUGUAUUUUCCAUUCAUUUAAUCAUUGAUGACAGAAAUGCAUUAGUAAAUGACAAUUUCUAUGUAAUGUUCCCUUUUAAGAUUUUUAUUAUAAGACAUUUUUUCUUAUUUACCAUAUACUACUUCAACAAUGGUGUAAAAUCCUGACAAGCGUGAGAAAGCUAA